UUCUCUGGCUCCUUUCUCACCCACUAUGGGGGAGGCAAGGAAAAGAUGAGAGUGGAGGGGAGGAAGGAGAUGAUCAGGGAUCUUUGCUCAGCUUUAAAGCUGGACGAGCCGUAUUUACCUAGUCCUAGAACAAAAGCGGGGACCUUCCCUGUGUUGCGUUUCGGGAACUGCAGUGUCGGGCCCGCACUGUCCCUGGUUUUUUUAAUUCGCUCGUCUACACACAAUCUUAGUAUUUCAGUCUCCUCUCUCUGUCCCUGUCGCUGUCUUUCUCUCUCUCUCUCACACACACACCCUUGCUGUAGCAGCAAGGCCCAUAACUAUGCGGCUGUGCUUUUGAAAAUAAACUUUGUUUAACAGCAACCUAAGUACAGAAAAAAAGCCGAUUGUCAGUUAAUUCAUCUGUGUCAACACCACACAGCACAAAAUGUAGACUUAAUGCUACAUUUCAUCUCUAUUGUAACAGCAGUUCUGAGUCGGCAGCCACUUGGGGGACGCUUUGGCAGUGUGGGAGCUAACCCCCAGGUCCAGGCCUGAUCUUCCACCUAUGGAUUUUAGAAGGGCAGAGCCCACAAGUCCCCCAAACUGCCAGUGUUCCGGGGUUCCUCUUGUCCCCAAAAGGACAGCAAUUGUCAUUGUCCCAAAUAGCUUAAAAAAGAUUAGAAUAAAGUAGAGGUCAACCUAGGGUGCUCAACUGAGCGACAUUUGGCUGUCUGUAACCAAGAAACAGGACAGAAAAGUCUGGAAGGCCAAGGCAUGGGGAGCGGCAAGGAAAGACUACGACUCCCAUAGUGCGCCGGGGCAGCGACGCCUGCGCACUGUGCGCCGGUUGCCCAUGCGGCCCUAGGGCUGGGAGCGCGGCGCCGCUCCGCUGCGGGGGAGGCCAUGGCGGAACCUUCCCAGGCCCCAAACCCGGCCCCGGCCGCGCAGCCCCGGCCCCUUCAGUCCCCGGCCCCUGCCCCAACUCCGAAUCCUGCGCCCAGCCCGGCUUCAGCUCCCACUCCGGCUCCUACUCCGGCACCAGCCCCUGCCCCUGCUGCAGCCCCAGCCGGGAGCACAGGGACUGGGGGGGCCGGGGUAGGAAGUGGGGGGCCGGGGAGUGGGGGGGAUCCGGCUCGACCUGGCCUGAGUCAGCAGCAGCGCGCUAGCCAGAGGAAGGCACAAGUCCGGGGACUGCCGCGUGCCAAGAAGCUUGAGAAACUAGGGGUCUUCUCAGCUUGCAAGGCCAAUGAAACCUGCAAGUGUAAUGGCUGGAAAAACCCCAAACCCCCCACCGCACCUCGCAUGGACCUUCAGCAGCCAGCUGCCAACCUGAGCGAGCUGUGUCGUAGCUGUGAGCACCCGUUGGCCGACCAUGUGUCCCACCUGGAGAAUGUGUCAGAGGAUGAGAUUAACCGGCUCUUGGGAAUGGUAGUAGAUGUAGAAAACCUGUUCAUGUCUGUUCACAAGGAAGAGGACACAGACACCAAACAGGUCUAUUUCUACCUUUUCAAGCUCUUGCGGAAAUGCAUCCUGCAGAUGACUCGACCAGUGGUGGAGGGAUCCCUAGGCAGCCCCCCAUUUGAGAAGCCUAACAUUGAGCAGGGUGUACUGAACUUUGUGCAGUACAAAUUCAGCCACCUGGCCCCCCGAGAGCGCCAGACAAUGUUUGAGCUCUCCAAGAUGUUCCUGCUCUGCCUUAACUACUGGAAGCUGGAGACACCUGCUCAGUUCCGGCAGCGGUCCCAGUCUGAGGAUGUGGCUACCUACAAGGUCAAUUAUACCAGAUGGCUCUGUUACUGCCACGUGCCCCAGAGUUGCGACAGCCUCCCCCGAUACGAGACCACCCAUGUCUUUGGCCGAAGCCUCCUGCGAUCCAUUUUCACGGUCACCCGCCGGCAGCUACUGGAAAAAUUUCGAGUGGAGAAGGACAAGCUGGUGCCUGAGAAGAGGACCCUGAUCCUCACUCACUUCCCCAAGUUCCUGUCCAUGCUCGAGGAGGAGAUCUACGGGGCAAAUUCUCCUAUCUGGGAGUCUGGCUUCACCAUGCCACCCUCGGAGGGGACUCAGCUGGUGCCCCGGACAGCGACGGUCAGUGCAGCGGUUGUCCCCAGCACCCCCAUCUUCAGUCCCACCAUGGGUGGAGGCAGCAACAGCUCCCUGAGCCUAGAUUCCACAACGGCUGAGCCCAUGCCAGCAGGAGAGAAGAGGAAGCUUCCUGAGAACCUCACCCUGGAGGAUGCUAAGCGCCUCCGUGUGAUGGGUGACAUCCCCAUGGAGUUGGUCAACGAGGUCAUGCUGACCAUCACUGACCCUGCUGCCAUGCUGGGGCCUGAGACAAGCCUGCUUUCAGCCAACGCAGCCCGAGACGAAACGGCUCGCCUGGAGGAGCGUCGAGGCAUUAUCGAAUUCCACGUCAUUGGCAACUCUCUGACGCCCAAGGCCAACCGGCGGGUGCUGCUCUGGCUUGUGGGGCUGCAGAAUGUCUUCUCCCACCAGCUACCACGAAUGCCCAAGGAAUAUAUUGCCCGCCUAGUCUUUGACCCGAAGCAUAAGACUCUGGCCUUGAUCAAGGAUGGGCGGGUCAUCGGUGGAAUUUGCUUCCGCAUGUUCCCCACUCAGGGCUUCACGGAAAUCGUCUUCUGUGCUGUCACCUCGAAUGAGCAGGUCAAGGGCUAUGGCACGCAUCUGAUGAACCACCUGAAGGAGUACCACAUCAAACACAGCAUCCUUUACUUCCUCACCUAUGCUGACGAAUAUGCCAUUGGCUACUUCAAAAAGCAGGGCUUCUCCAAGGACAUCAAGGUGCCCAAGAGCCGAUACCUGGGCUACAUCAAAGACUAUGAAGGAGCGACGCUGAUGGAGUGUGAGCUGAAUCCCCGGAUCCCCUACACAGAGCUGUCCCACAUCAUCAAGAAACAAAAAGAGAUCAUCAAGAAGUUGAUUGAGCGCAAACAGGCACAGAUCCGAAAGGUCUACCCUGGGCUCAGCUGCUUCAAGGAAGGAGUGAGGCAGAUCCCUGUGGAGAGCGUCCCUGGCAUUCGAGAGACAGGCUGGAAGCCAUUGGGAAAGGAGAAGGGCAAGGAGCUGAAGGACCCCGACCAGCUCUACACAACCCUCAAAAACCUGCUGGCCCAGAUCAAGUCACACCCCAGUGCCUGGCCCUUCAUGGAACCUGUGAAGAAGUCAGAGGCCCCCGACUACUACGAAGUUAUCCGCUUCCCCAUUGACUUGAAGACCAUGACAGAACGGUUGCGAAGUCGUUACUAUGUGACCCGGAAGCUCUUUGUAGCUGACCUGCAGCGGGUCAUCGCCAACUGCCGGGAGUACAAUCCCCCAGACAGCGAGUAUUGUCGCUGUGCCAGUGCCCUGGAGAAGUUCUUCUACUUCAAGCUCAAGGAGGGAGGGCUCAUUGACAAGUAGUCCCCAGCUGGGACCUCCAGCGUCUGCCUCAGUCUCAUCAGAUCCAUUUGGGUGUCCUGGCCCUCCCAUCCCUGACUCAGCAGGAAAGACUCCAGCCAUGGGCCCCGGAUCUUGCAGACUUUUCAGCCAGCAGGCACUCCCAAGCCUGCAACACCUGCAUCCUGCCUUCAUUGCAUCCGACCUUGGGGAGAUGUCUGGUCUGGGACCAGCCCCUUGUAGAGUGUCUGGUGGCCAGUGGGUGAAGUGCUCAGCCCUGGUCCUCACAGAGCUAUGCAGGCUUGCGGUUCUGAGCCCGAUCCAGGGGCCUGUUUCCCAGGGUCAGGGCUAUUCGGUGAUUAGCGUUGGGAUGAAAACAGCCCAGACUGAAGGAGCCAUGAGGGGCUGUGACUCGUCUUACACUGUUUUGUCCAUCUGGCCCCCAGGGCUGGGGCACGAGGACCAUUCAUUCCUUGGCAUUAAUCCCUUGGAGGGAACAAUAAAGCUUUUUUUUUUUUUUCCCUGUG